CCUGGACCCCGCCAACUCUACAACAACAACAACGAGAUAUUCGAGGAUCAGUACUGCGCGCAGUCCAGUUGAAAACUAUCGCAUCUAUCCUUAAGCAAUGUCUUCCGACGAGAUCGUUUGGCAGGUUAUCAAUCAGCAGUUCUGUUCAUUUAAGCUCAAGUUUGUUCCCUCAGAUCACGCCGAGUUUGCAGAGCUGACAUUAUUUGCAUAGAACCACGAAGGAGAAGAAUUUCUGUCGCAAUGAAUACAAUGUCACUGGUCUCUGUAAUCGACAGUCCUGCCCUCUCGCAAAUUCUCGGUAUGCUACCGUUCGCGCAAAUCCCGACACUGGUACCCUCUACCUCUACAUGAAAACUAUCGAGCGCGCGCACAUGCCAUCAAAGCUGUGGGAACGAAUAAAGCUGUCGCAAAACUAUGCCAAGGCGCUGCAACAAGUCGACGAGCGAUUGAUCUACUGGCCCAACUUCCUCAUCCACAAAUGCAAGCAGAGACUUACGAGAUUGACUCAAGUUGGAAUCCGGAUGCGACGAAUUGCUAAGGAAGAUGAGAGGCUCGGCGAAAAGUUGGUUCCUCGGCUGGCGCCAAAGGUGAGAAGGCGUGAGGAGACUCGUGAGAGAAAGGCAGAGGCAGCAGCCAAGGUUGAAAGGGCAAUUGAGAGAGAGCUGAUCGAGAGAUUAAGAAGUGGGGCUUAUGGCGACCAGCCACUGAAUGUCAGCGAGGCGAUCUGGAAAAAGGUACUCAAAGGCUUAGAGAGAGGUGGCGAAGGUACUCGGGACGAGGAUUUGGACGAAGGGAUUGAGGAGGAUGAAUUCGAGAAUGAAGAGGAGUACGAGGAAGAAGAGGGUGUUGGGGAAGUGGAAUACGUCAGUGACCUAGGCGAAGAAGAAGAAGAUCUGGGAGACUUAGAGGAUUGGCUUGGAAGUGAGGAGGACGCUGCUACUGACGAGGGCGACGAGGAUGAUGAUAGCGACAGCAGCGAGGACGAUACUGCUGCUGGCGCGAAGCGGAAGAAGGCCCCCGUGUCCAAAGCCAAACCCAAGAAGCUGGCACGGAUGGAAAUUGAGUAUGAAGAGGAGAUGGAGGAAAGGCCUAGACAACUGGUACGACACUAAUUGCAUUUCUGUACGAAGCUAUUACAUGGGGGUUUUGGCUGUGGGAUAUUGGGCCAGACAGACCAAACCCGGCGUUGGGUGUCAAAUGGGCAUAUAAGUCGCUACUUGCAAUAAUUAGUCUUGCUA